AUGGAAAAUAUUGAAGAUAACCAACCCAGAUAAUUGUUUUCUGACAAGCAAGGAAAUAUUGAACAAGAUAACUUCCAAAUUACUGUCCACGUUGUAGAUCCUAUCGUUAAGAAGGAAGGUGUUUCUUAACAUGUUGUCUAUACCGUUAAGGGUGAAGAUAAGUUAGGUACUUUUGAAGUUAUUAGAAGAUUCAGUGAUUUUGAUGGUUUGAGAACUUAUCUCUAAAAGAGAUGGCCUUCCUGCUAUAUUCCCCCUAUCCCUGAUAAAAAGUCUGUUGGUAAUAUGGACCAAAAGUUCAUCGAAGAUCGUAGAAAUCUUUUAGAAGCUUUUGUAGUAAAGAUUACUGAAUUAAAGCACCUUUGGUACUCAGAAGAAUUCUAAUUAUUUAUUAGAGGUACUUAAUCUGAUGUAGAAAAGUCUUUAAGCAAGCUUCCUGCAUAAAAUAACCAAGAAUUAAUUCAAAAAUACUCAAAUGCUUUCAUGUAUUUAAGUGGUAAGGAAAUCAACCCUUCAAUCGAAGGUAAGAUCGACUCUUUCACUUAAUACUUAAAGAAAAUCGGUUCUUUGCUUACCAACUACAAAGAAUUUGCCAAGAAUACUUUAGAAUUAAGAGAAAAGGACAAUAAGCAAUAUGAAUUAUUCAUUUCUUACCUUCUUCCCGAAUAUGAAAAGAACUGCUUCACUGAAUACAUUGGUGCUGCAAAUGAUGGAAAGCUUAUUUUUGCUUAAAAUACUGAUCAAAAACUUAGCUAACUUAUCUCAUAAGUCAAGGAAUUCGUUAGCAAAGAUGAAUUAAACUCUCUUUACCAAUUGAUUAGAUAGGAAUGCAAGGAAAUUAAGGCCUUCACUGAAUGUAUGGACUCUAGAAAGGCAUUCAAAGAAUCUAAGGAAAAUUUGCAUAAAAAGCAUAGAGAAUUAAAAAGCGAAGAAAGUAAAAUUAUAUCUGGUAAGACUUCCUUUAAAAAUGUCUUCUCCAAGAAGAGCAAGGAAGAAAAUGCUUAAGAAAUUAAGUAAUAAAUUGAAAACACUGAAGCUGAAAUUUCAAGAGCUAGUGAAAUUUAUGAUAUUAUGACUGUCGUUCUUGGAUAUGUUGAAAUAGAUAGAUUUAAAGCUGAAAAGGAAGCUCUUUACUUCACUACCGUCAAAAAAUUAGCUAAAUAUGAACUUGAAUUUUCUAAAUUAAGAACCGAAUUCUGGUCUUAUAUCUUAGAAAACCAUAACUUAAGUAGCAUUUGA